AUGAAGCGCUACUAUGCGGAUCGCGCCUCUGUGCCCGGCACACUAAUUAUCUCAGAGGCUACUAAUAUCGCUGCUGGACAGGAAGGCCAGCGAUACACCCCCAGCUUCGUCAGUGAUGCUCAAGUGGCCGCUUGGGAGGAAAUCAUCGAUGCUGUUCAUACCAAAGGGUCCUUCUUCUUCCAACAACUUUGGGAUCUCGGACGGGCCGCCGACCCUUUUUAUAUGAGAGAACGCGGUUCAAAGUACAGAUCCAGCAGUGCUGUGCCGAUAGAAGGCGUCAACGUAACCCCUGAGGCCAUGACAGAGGAAGACAUCCAACAAGUUAUUCAGAACUACGUGGAUACCGCUGAACGAGUCAUGGCUGCUAGAAGAGACGGUGUCGAGAUUCAUGCCGCCCAUGGAUAUCUUCUAGAUCAAUUCCUCUCUGACCAGGUCAACCACCGCACUGAUAAAUGGGGUGGUUCCAUUGAGAACCGAUCCCCGCUUGCGCUCGAGGUGGCAAAUGCUGUUGUCGACGCCGUUGGCGCAGAGAAUGUUGCCAUUCGUCUGUCUCCUUAUGCUUCUUUUCAGGGCGCUCAAAAGUCGGAUGCCAAGAGUCAGUACCUUUAUCUGGUUCAAGAACUGAAGAAGUUGGGAUCUCUCGCAUAUCUCUCCCUUGUCGAAGCUAAGGGUGACCCCGCCAUCUUCUUUGCCAAUGCCUCAGCGGAAGACGAGAAGACACUACACUUCAUUUUCGAGGCUUGGAAUAAUCAAUCUCCAGUCAUCGUCGCUGGUGGUUACACCCCGGAAUCAGCAGUAUCGGCUGUUGAUGAUCAUUAUAGGAAGUGGGAUGUACUCGUCGCUUUUGGCCGUCAUUUCCUCGCCAAUCCUGACUUAGUCUUCAGAGUUCAGAAGGGCUUGGAGCUUAACAAAUAUAACCGAGUAACAUUCUAUAUCAAUAUGUCGGAGGAGGGUUAUAAUGAUUACCCUUUCCACGAGGAGUUCUCUGAAUACGCAACAGCGGCCUAA